AUGGCAGAAUCAAAUCCACAUAUCUCCAUAACCCCUACCUUUCUCACCCUACCCAUCGAGCUCCGUCUACAAAUCUACUCUCAAGUCUUUGCCGACAGCAGAAUCCGCCUCCCGCUUCCUCCUGACCACGACCGCAGAAACAAAGACCUCAUCCGAGGAGAACAGUCACAGCCCCACCAUCUCCAGUUCGUCUGUCGCCAAAUCUACCUCGAAGCCCACCCAAUUUUCUACGGGACAGUGACAUGGCACUUCCUUCACCAAGACGCGCUCGAUUCAUUUUUCGGGCCUUGUGAAGACCAACAGCGACAGCAGCGCAUCCGCUGGAUCAAGCAUAUCCGAUUGUCGUGCGUGGAUAUGCUGAAACUUGUUCCGUUUCCAGAAUUAACGGCGCUGAAAACGGUUGAGAUUCAAGUAGAUGGGGCUGCGUAUUUCAACUAUGCGGACGGAGGAGGAGCAAUGUUUGAUGUUCAAUUGAGUGCCGGGGAGCUGUCUGCAUUGGCGAGGGAGACGAUUAGGGAGACUUUGGCGGCAGCUUCGGAAUAUGUAAGAGACGUCUAUGAGAGUUUAAGAUGCCAGAGGAAGUCGAGCGUGCUGUUUCUUGUUGAUCACACUUUCUGCGGUAAGACCGGAUUAAGAAGAAUCCCCGUGCUUGCAUUUGUGAUAUUUCUCGGUCGGUGCUGUUAUUGGAUGGGACCGUUAAUGGAAAGGCUCCUGCUGCUCAUGGUAACUAUCUUGGAUCCUGUGGUCAUGAUGCUCGAGUCGAUGGAUUGUUGGUGGCACGACAAAAUCUUCAGCUUGCAUGUGAUGCCUCUGGAUAUGGUCUUUCAAUGCCCGACGGGAGGAGAAGCCUCUGGUGGAGAAAUCGCAUUUGCUACAGGUGAACUGCCUCCUGUGGCCCGCUUCAUGCUCCUCGAGACCGUUGAAAGAUUUGAACCCGUCUACGGAGCGCUGGCAAUCUAA